CUGACUUAAACCAGUGAAAGACAAGCUCUUGACAUUCAGAGGGUAUAAAACUUCUUUACUUUCAAGGAAAACAGCUGGCAGUCUGGCUGAGAAAUAACCCAACCUAACUCCUUUCAUAAAUCAAGUCUCACAUUUUUGUCCAUAGAUGGCAUGGAUAAACUGCAAACUUUAUAUGGUCUUGAUGCUAGUAUUCCCGUAUCAAGUGUCACUACAAGAUGGUGAAACAAGAUCAAGUUGCAGAACUGCUCCAAAUGACUUAGUUUUCAUCUUAGAUGGCUCAUGGAGUGUGGGGCCAGAAAACUUUGAAAUACUUAAAAAAUGGGUAGUUAAUAUUACAAGCAACUUUGAUAUAGGACCAAAAUUUACUCAAGUUGGAGUGGUCCAAUACAGUGACUAUCCUGUCCUUGAAAUUCCACUUGGAAGGCAUGAUUCCAGUCAGAGUCUCCUUGAAAAAAUGCAAUCCAUUCAGUAUUUGGGUGGGAAUACAAGGACUGGGAAUGCCAUUCAGUUUGCUGUGGAUAAUCUCUUUUCAAGGUCAUUGCGUCCUUUAACCAAAAUUGCAAUCGUUCUUACGGAUGGCAAAUCACAAGAUGAAGUAAAUGAUGCUGCAGAAGAAGCAAGGAGAAAUCAAAUUACCCUUUUCGCUAUUGGAGUGGGCUCAGAAAUUGAAGAAAGUGAACUCAGAGCAAUUGCCAACAAGCCUUCUUCUACGUAUGUGUUUUAUGUUGAAGACUACAUUGCUAUAUCAAGAAUACGGGAAGUUAUAAAGCAGAAACUUUGUGAAGAAUCUGUUUGUCCAACAAGAAUCCCAGUGGCAGCUCGAGAUGAAAAGGGAUUUGAUAUACUUUUAGGGUUGGGUAUGAAUAAGAAAAAGGCCAAGAGAGUUGAGGGCUCAAAACCCAGAACUAAAGCUUUUGAAGUAACGUCUCAAAUUGAUCUAACUGAACUCACAAGGAAUAUUUUUCCAGAAGGUCUGCCUCCUUCUUAUGUCUUUGUUUCUACUCAGAGAUUCAAAGUGAAGAAAAAGUGGGAUUUAUUUAGAAUAGUAGCACUUGAUGGCACCAUUCAAACAGCUGUUUCAUUAAAUGGAGAAGACAGAACAUUAUCAUUCACUACGACCAGUCAAAGCAAUGAUACUCAGGUUGUCACAUUUACCACACCUGGUGUUAAGAAAUUAUUUGAUGAAGCAUGGCACCAAAUACGGAUCUUAGUUACGGAACAAGAUGCAACUUUGUUUGUAGAUGAUGAAGAAAUUGAGAUAAGAAAGUUGCAGCCUGUUAUAGGCAUUUACAUUAGUGGAAAAACACAAAUUGGGAAGUAUACAAGCCGAGAGGAAACUGUUCAGUUCAGUCUUCAAAAAUUAAGAAUUUAUUGUGAUCCAGAUCAGAAUAAACGAGAGACAGCCUGUGAAAUUCCUGGAAUGAAUGGAGAGUGUUUAAAUGGUCCAAGUGAUGUUGGAUCCACACCUGCUCCAUGCAUUUGCCCUCCUGGGGAGAAAGGUCCCGCUGGCCCAAAAGGAGACCCUGGAAUUCCUGGUAAUCCUGGUACCCCUGGACAACCUGGUCCAGAUGGUAAGCCUGGGAGACCAGGAUCGCCAGGAAAUUUGGGAAUUACUGGUACACCAGGAGUGCAGGGUCCACGUGGCCUUCCAGGCUUAAAGGGUAAUGCUGGCCGGAAUGGUGAUAAGGGAGAGCGUGGAAUUCCUGGUUUUACUGGACCACAUGGGCAACCAGGUUCAAAGGGAGACCGAGGAUCUAAGGGAGACAAAGGUGUUUCCGGAAUUGAUGGGAAGAAGGGUGCAAAGGGUGAUAAAGGACAUCCUGGUGCAUUUGGAAAACCAGGGAAACCUGGAGAACCAGGAACACAUGGGAAAGAUGGUUUACCUGGACAUUCUGGGCAAAAGGGAGAAGAAGGAAAACCAGGUCCCCCAGGAAUGGAAGGUCGCAGAGGAUUGCCAGGAAUACCGGGAAUUCCUGGAAAUGAAGGUACAAGUGGAAUGAAGGGUAAUACAGGAUCUCCCGGGGAACCAGGUUCAAGAGGACCUCCUGGAAUUCCUGGUUUAACUGGACCAGAGGGAUUACCUGGUCCUACAGGAGCAGCAGGACCAAAGGGUAAUAAAGGUGAUCCAGGGCUUCCAGGAAAAGCAGGAUCUCAAGGCAUAAAGGGUGAAAAGGGUGAAACAGGUCCACCUGGUCAACAAGGAUACAGUGGUAUACCAGGAAUCAUGGGUCCAAAGGGUGAUAAAGGAAGUUCAGGUGAAAGAGGCAAUCAGGGUCACAAGGGGGAACGUGGUGCUUUGGGUGUUCCAGGUCUCAAGGGAGAAUCUGGAGUGGCUGGUUCCAAAGGAGAGAAAGGAGAAACUGGAGAUCCAGGAUCCCGAGGCUUUAAUGGGCAACGAGGUGAACCAGGAAGCCCUGGAUUAGUUGGUCCUACUGGCCCAAGAGGCAUUAGUGGUGAAAGAGGACCACCUGGAUCACCAGGACCUGAAGGACGGCCUGGUAGAGAACACUCUGAGGAAUUUGUACGACAAAUUUGCCUCGAUGUUGUAAAAGCCCACUUACCAUCUCUGCUGCAUAGUGAAAGACUACAGCAUUGUGAUCAGUGUAAAGCUCAGAAGGGGUCUCCUGGACUACCAGGACCUCCUGGGCCAAUAGGUCCUGAAGGUCCAUCUGGUCAACCAGGGCCGCCAGGAAGAAAUGGUUUCCCUGGGCUUGUGGGACAUCCAGGAAGCCCGGGUGUCCCUGGUCCUAAAGGACCUCCUGGGAGGCCUGGCGUAAAAGGCGAUAAAGGAGAUAGAGAGCUUGGAUUUCAAGGCCCACCAGGAAUCCCAGGACCUAUGGGUCCACCUGGAUUAAGCAAGGAAGGACGGACUGGGCAACCAGGGCCUCCGGGUAGAGAUGGCGAACGUGGCUCUCCUGGUGCACGGGGACCACCUGGAGAGCCAGGGAUUUGUGAUCCAUCUUUAUGUUUUAGUGCAAUUGUUGGAAGAGACCCAUUUAGAAAAGGACCUAACUAUUAGCAUUGGAUUAUAGGAGAAGCAUUGGUAAGGUUUUUACCUGUUCUCGUCUUUCAUGCCUCAGGAAGAUUACUUUUUGUCAACUUAUUAGGAACACAAGUACCUCUUUUUAUUUUUAAGUUAAUUAUUUUUGGCUUUAGUUCAAACAUUGACAGCCAUUAGAAGUUUAAAGAAUUGUUGUCUUAUAAACUGCUAUUGACGUUAUUAGGUCCUACUAUUGAUCUGUCAUCUAUGUGUAAAUUAUACAGAUAUAAAUAACUGUGAAAUGGUUUCACAUAAACCUUGUAGCUCAGAUUCAAUGAGACUUUGAGAGCAGGCAUGUGCCAUGCAUCCAUAUUUCAUAAAACAAGAAUAGCUGAUACAGUUUUCAACAACUAUUGUGUUUUACUAGAAUAUAUCAUUCCAGGGAUACAAAUUUAAGCUAUUUUUUUGCAAUUGAUUUCAAACCUGAAGAAUGUAUUUUACAUGAAAGACAACAAUCAUAUUUUGGAAAAGAAUUAAAACAUAUUUUUUACUGACAAA